AUGCUCUUCAACAACAUCAUUGUCGCCAUUGCUCUCAGCGGCGCUGCAACUGCCCUUCCCCAGAAAUAUCCUAUUAAGUGUGGUGACUCAGUCUGCCCUGCAGGCAAGCCCAAAUGCUGCGAGGUCCUUGUCAACGGAGAUCUUGAAAUCGGGUGCUUUGAGGAAUGUCCUGCUCUACCCCCAGCCCAAGCAAAACUUCGGCACCGCGAGCAACCCACCAUCACUAUUGCAGCAUCUCCGCCCAUUCAAACUUUCGGUCCCAAGUGCGGAGACUCUUAUUUCUGUCCUGUCGGCCAAGUCUGCUGCCCUAACGCGCUGUACCACUGCGCCGACCCUGACAAGGUCGCCCAGGAGUGCCCUAUGUAG